UCUAGCGGAGAGACUGCUGUGUAAUCGUAUUGCGGCACUUUUUUUUCCUCCCAGCUGCUGCGUGAGGAAGAGGGGGUCUGCCCACUGCGGCGCUCUGCAGUCUGGCCGCCUCCCGCAGCACUGGUCACGGCAGCCAUCGCCGCCCUCUGCACCGCAGCCCAGACCGCUGUCUCCCCUGGUUCUCACAGCCUCAGGAGCGCGCUCAGCCCCGCGCUCAGCCCCGCAGCCUCCCCGACCAUCGCUCAGGCCGUCCAGCAGCCGCCGCUGGUUCCGAGUCUGCCCCGCCACCGCCGCUUCUGAUAUUCCGGUGAGUCUUCCCCCGCGGGGAUCGGGUCUGCUGAUCUUGGUGGCAGCCACCUUAGGCGUGUGCGGUCCUUUGAAAAAUGGCCGAGUCAGCCAACCACAAGGAACUGUUAGAAUCCAGCCAAGAAGAGGCUUGUGAUAAGGUAAUGAUGGAGGGGUUGGAGCAGCAGCCGGAGCGCGGCGAAGAUGCCGCGGCUGGGCCGGGAGAUGAUGGGGGGCGCGGUGAAGAAGCAGCUGCUGAGCCCGAAGAGCAAGGAGUGGAUGCUGCUGCCGCUGCGGGUUCGGCGGAAGGCGGGGAAAACGGUGAAGUGACUGCCGAGGACUCAGACCCAGACCGUCCAAAGGGACUUAUCGGUUAUCUUUUAGAUACAGACUUUGUUGAAAGUCUCCCUGUGAAAGUUAAGUACCGUGUGUUGGCCCUCAAAAAGCUUCAGACUCGAGCUGCGAAUCUAGAAUCCAAAUUCCUGAGGGAAUUUCAUGGCAUUGAAAGAAAGUUUGCUGAAAUGUAUCAGCCUUUAUUGGAAAAAAGACGCCAGAUCAUUAAUGCAAUCUAUGAACCUACGAAAGAGGAAUGUGAAUAUAAAUCAGAUUCUGAAGACUACGAUGAUGAAGAGAUGUACGACGAGGAAGAGAUGUGCGGUGAUGAAGAGGGUCUGGUGCAGGAGUUCACGGACGAAAAUGAUGGUUAUGAGGAAGAUUAUUAUGAUUAUGCCACUGAAGAAGAGGGGGAUGAUGAGGACGACAGCGACAGCGACAGUGACGACGACGACGACGACGAUGACACAGACGCUAGCGCAGAAGAGAAUAAAGAAGAGGAUCCUAAAGGAAUUCCUGAUUUUUGGCUGACUGUAUUAAAAAAUGUUGACACUCUCACUCCUUUAAUUAAGAAAUAUGAUGAGCCUAUUCUGAAGCUCCUGACUGAUAUUAAAGUAAAGCUUUCAGAUCCUGGUGAGCCUCUUAGUUUCACACUAGAAUUUCACUUCAAACCCAAUGAGUAUUUCAAAAACGAGCUGUUGACGAAGACCUAUGUGCUGAAGUCCAGGCUGGCAUACUAUGACCCGCAUCCCUAUAGGGGAACUGCCAUUGAGUAUUGUACAGGCUGUGAGAUAGAUUGGAAUGAAGGAAAGAAUGUCACUUUGAAAACCAUAAAGAAGAAGCAGAAACACCGGAUCUGGGGAACAGUCCGAACUGUGACUGAAGAUUUCCCCAAGGAUUCAUUCUUCAAUUUCUUCACUCCUCAUGGAAUCAGCUCAAAUGGAAAGGAUGAAAACGAUGAUUUUUUGCUUGCUCAUAAUUUACGUACUUACAUAAUCCCGAGAUCAGUAUUGUUCUUUUCAGGCGAUGCACUUGAAUCUCAGCAGGAGGGCGUAGUUAGGGAAGUUAAUGAUGCAAUUUAUGACAAAAUUAUUUAUGAUAAUUGGAUGGCUGCAAUUGAGGAGGUUAAAGCCUGUUGCAGAAAUCUUGAAGCAAUUGUAGAGGACAUUGACCGCUGAAGCAGAAUGUAUGUGAACCUGAAAUUAACUGUCUCAGAUCUAGUUACUCAAGAUAUAAGAAGUUAAUUACGAUGUUGUGUUCUGAAUUUUUCUUGUGUCAGUUAAAACAUGUCUCAGAAAUAUAAGAGAAGUUCAAAUACUCAUUCAUUUUACCUUGCAUUUUAGUAGUAGAAUGCUUUCAAGAAAUGUAGACUGUGGUAAAUGAUUUAAGGCAUAAUUGUGUAGUGUUGUGUAGUGUUGUGUAGUUUAAUCCUCCUAAAGCCUUUUUGUCAUGUAGUUAUUAAUCUGUGACUGUGAACAUUACCAGAACUCUUAAGUGAGAUAAAUAUUUAUUUGGAAAGAAAAUCUUGACGAACCAACCAUGGUUUUUUGCUGCUGAUAUUUGGUGUUUGUGUUUUCUUAGUCCUUUAGCUAGUGGGUUUGAUUUUUCUUGUGCUUGCUUUAUUUUACAACAAAAAUUCAGUACAAUUUAAAACUUGAAUGCUUAAGAAGUUUGCAAAUGAUUAAGAUUUCAAGCAAAACCAUAUUUAUUGUUAAUAAUAGCCUGUUCAUAGGCUGUUGUAUUUUAUGUAACCAUGAUAAAUAUGAAACCAGUAGUAUUAAGAUUAUUGUUUGUUAGUGAAGUGUUAAUCACAAUAUUUUAAAAAUUGUCAUGUAUUGUUCUAUGUAAUUGUGUAAACUGUAAUUACAGUGUGUAAUUCCUUUUUCCUAUAAUACAUUUAAUCAUUCGCUGGAAGUGAUCACCUUACUAAUUUGAAAAGAUUUUUCAUGUUCUUUCACUGCAAAAUAAAAUGAAUAAAAA